AGAGAGGGGCUGAGAAACAAGACUGAAACUUUGCAAAGCGCAGAGCGCGAUACUUUGUCUACUCCCUCCUCUGUGCUUUCGGAUUAGCCGCCCCAGCCAGAGAGAUGUCGAAGCCGCCACCUAAACCAGUCAAGCCAGGGCAGGUCAAAGUCUUCAGAGCACUGUAUACAUUUGAACCCAGAACUCCUGAUGAAUUAUACUUUGAAGAAGGUGAUAUUAUCUACAUUUCUGACAUGAGUGAUACCAACUGGUGGAAAGGGACCUCAAAGGGCAGAACUGGACUAAUUCCGAGCAACUAUGUGGCUGAACAAGCAGAGUCCAUAGAUAAUCCACUUCAUGAAGCUGCCAAAAGAGGCAAUUUGAGCUGGUUGAGAGAAUGCUUGGAUAAUAGAGUUGGCGUUAAUGGCUUGGACAAAGCCGGAAGCACUGCUCUGUACUGGGCUUGUCAUGGCGGUCACAAAGAUGUAGUGGAAGUGCUAUUUACUCAACCAAAUAUUGAACUGAAUCAACAGAAUAAGUUGGGGGACACAGCUUUGCAUGCUGCCUCCUGGAAGGGUUAUGCUGACAUUGUAGAGAUGCUUCUGGCAAAAGGUGCUAGGACAGACUUGAGAAAUAAUGAGAAGAAGCUAGCCCUGGACAUGGCAACCAAUGCUGCCUGUGCUGCUCUGCUUAAGAAGAAACAAGGGACAGAUGUGGUUCGGACAUUAAGCAAUGCUGAGGACUAUCUCGAUGAUGAAGAUUCAGAUUAAUGCCUUCCCAGAGUGUUUGAGAUUGAAACCUCUGUUGUCUAUGCUAUUAAAAAUCUUAAACAAACAACCCUAUCAUUGCCAGAAGUGUUGAUAACUGUAAAAAAUACAUGAGAAAGGCAGUACUGCCUUCUGUUGGGGUAGAAUUUGUAAAUUACUUUAUCUUCACUUUAAAUUUGCCAAUAAGUGACUAGAUUACUUUGCUGUGUAAAGUGCAUUUAUGUUGACCAAAUUAGCACAAGAGAGAAUAAUUUCUAUUUAUCCUGCUUGAAGGAAUUAAUUUUUUUUGCUUAAUAAUGAAAACUCGGGGUGGAUAUAUAUAUAUAUAUAUUUUUAAGUUCAUAAUUUACCUCAGAGUUGAAGUAUUUUGAAUGAACUGUGGAGGGGGAAAUGCUUGUUAUAAACACAAACCAAAAGUAUCUCUUUAGAAAGCUGUCAGUUAUUCUGACAAAAAUAAAUAUUUUAUGACACUUUA